UGGCCAAUCCUGACACAUUAUCCUCUCCACCUCUUCAGAAUCCGGACCUCGGCAGAGUCCAGUACUCCAGUCCCUUGUGCAUCUCGGCCUCUCCACUCUCCUUUCCACGCCCGUCCAGUCCUCUAAUCUGACCCCUCUUCUCCAGCCGGCCGGAGAUGGUCUCGCUGCGAUGCACAACCGCGCACCACUCCCUCCUCGGCUCGCCGACCUGCCUCGCGCGCCCGCGGCGGCGGGCGUGCCCCGUCGUGCGCGCUGCCGUCGCCGUGGAGGCCGGCGCGCAGGCCAAGGUCUCACUCAUCCGAAUUGGGACGCGUGGGAGGACAGUCCUCUUGCUCUUGCACAAGCCCACGAAACUCGAGAAAAACUGAAAGCCACACACUCUGAGUUAGCUGAGGAGAGGGCCAUUGAGAUCGUCAUCAUAAAGACCACAGGAGACAUGAUCUUGGACAAACCCCUUGCAGACAUUGGAGGCAAGGGUUUAUUCACCAAGGAGAUAGAUGAUGCGCUCUUGCAGGGAAGGAUUGAUAUCGCUGUUCACUCUAUGAAAGAUGUUCCAACAUAUCUACCUGAAGGCACAAUAUUGCCCUGUAACCUACCACGAGAAGAUGUCAGAGACGCAUUCAUAUGUUUGACUGCAAAUUCGCUUGCAGAGCUUCCUGCUGGCAGUGUUAUUGGAAGUGCUUCUCUGCGGAGACAAUCUCAGAUUCUCUACAGAUAUCCAUCACUGAAAGUAGUUAACUUCAGAGGAAACGUUCAGACACGGUUAAGGAAACUCAAGGAGGGAGAUGUCUCUGCUACAUUGUUGGCACUGGCUGGAUUAAGGCGGCUAAAUAUGGCAGAAAAUGCAACUGCUGUACUAUCAGUGGAAGAAAUGCUUCCAGCAGUUGCCCAAGGUGCUAUUGGAAUAGCUUGCCGAAGCAAUGAUGACAAAAUGAUGGAGUAUCUAUCAGCGUUGAACCAUGAAGAUACCAGAUUAGCUGUUGCAUGUGAAAGAGAAUUUUUGGCAGUUCUUGAUGGUAACUGCCGAACUCCAAUUGCAGCCUAUGCUUACCGUGACAAUGAUGGGAAUUGCUCAUUCCGCGGUCUAUUGUCUUCCCCAGAUGGAUCUAAAGUAUUUGAGACAACAAGAAGUGGACCGUACUCUUUUGACGACAUGGUUGAGAUGGGCAAAGAUGCUGGUCAUGAGCUGAAGGCAAAGGCUGGGCCUGGCUUCUUUGAUAGCUUGCAAUGAAAAGAAUGAGCGGCCAUGAGCAAUUUCAAUUGUCACUCUUUUGGGUAGAAACAGAGGGCCCAAGUAGAGUGUUGAGAGGUUUGUUUUUGUUUAUUCUUUCUCCUACUAGUUCUGCUAGAGAAGGGUGUACCUGGUGUAGUGGUGAGCUGAGUCAUCAGGUCGCGGGUUCGAAGCAUCCAGUCUCCGUAUUUGUGGGAGAAGGUUUGUCUCGGUUUAUCUCUUUUCCGCUACUCAUAUGGGAGAAAUGUGGGAGCCUCAGUCUGCUCUUUUUUUUUUCCAUACUAGUUCUGCUAGUGCCUUGUACUAUCACUCGUAUUGAGCAGCCCCAUUCAGCUUUGUAGUAUCUCACUCUGGGUUAGAGCCUUUAUAGGUAUCUGCACAGCACAGCUAUAUGUUUUGUCGAAGAGGUAUCUGCACAGCUACGUUCUCGGAAGACUCCAGCAGCCAGCUGCGUCAGCACGAUCAGAUCAGUCAUGCUCGUGCCCAUCCAGCAGCCAGCAGUCGAGAUUUCAGAUUUGUUGCAGCGAAUAUGAUUUUAAAAGUCUGAACCGAUUUGCUGCAGCGAAUAUGGUUUAAAAAACCGGACCGAA